AUGCUAUGGAGUGUCAUUCUUGCAGCUGUUAUCACUGUAUGCGCAUCACACGGUGCUGUUCGUAAUCAUUCAACCGAGAUAAUUCAUCGCGAUCUUUCUCAAACUUCUCGAGCUCCUGUGAAAAGUGACUAUUUGCGACCAUGCUACUUUACUAAUUGGGCACAAUACAGAAAUGGGAGAGGGAAAUAUAUGCCUGAAGAUUAUGUUCCUGGAUUGUGUACCCAUAUUCUUUUCGCAUUCGGAUGGAUGAACGAGGAUUACACAGUGAGAGCAUUCGAUCCGGCUGAUUUACCGAACGAUUGGGCCGGGAAUGGAAUGUUUAAAAGAGUGAACGCUCUUAAGAACACGGAUCCAGCUCUCAAAACUCUUUUGUCGAUUGGUGGAUGGAGUUUUGGCACUCGUUUGUUCAAGGAUAUGUCUCAAACCCCUGUUCGUCGAAAAGUCUUCAUUACCUCAGCGAUCGCUUUCGUUCGUAAAUGGGAUUUCGAUGGUAUCGAUAUUGAUUGGGAGUAUCCUUCUGGUCCAGAUGAUGUUAGGAACUAUGCAAGUUUCAUCCAGGAACUCCAUGACGCUUGUGUUGAAGAAGCGAUUCAAGCCUCCAGGGCACGUCUUCUGGUCACUGCUGCUGUAUCUGCUGGAGAGAGUACUAUCGACGCAGGUUACGAUGUGCCUACCAUAGCACGAAGUCUGGAUUUCAUUCUUCUCAUGAACUAUGAUUUCCAUGGCGCAUGGAGCACAGAAACAGGCUUUAACUCUCCACUUUAUGCAAGGGAAGAUAUGCCAGAAGGGGAGAAAGUCUGGAAUAUUGAUUGGGCUGCUAACCACUGGCGCGAAAAGGGAAUGCCCAAAGAAAAGAUCAUUAUCGGAAUUCCAACAUAUGGACGAGGAUGGACCCUGAAAGAUCCGAAAAACAUCACCGUCGGCACCAUUGGAUCACCAGCUAGAAUCACUACUUUCACACAAGAAGCAGGAGUGGCAUCCUUCUAUGAGUUCUGUGAAAUGCUUGCGACUGGGGCUACACGGUAUUGGCAUGCGGAACAACAGGUCCCAUAUCUAGUACAAGGUGAUCAAUGGUGGAGUUAUGAUGAUGAGGAGUCUAUUAGCAAUAAGGUUGCAUGGAUUAAACGAAAUAAAUAUGGAGGUGCUUUCGUUUGGACAUUGGAUUUUGAUGAUUUCAAUGCGAAAUGCUCAAAUUCCAAUGGACAACUAUAUCCACUAAUUAGCAUUAUUGCUAAGGAAUUAGGAGGUGUAACUAUUCCAACGAAGGGCAAUCCUAUUCCUACCACUAAGACUACAACUACAACUACACCUACGAAACCGAUCAUCUCAUCAUCCACUUCACUUCCAACAACUGCGCCACUCCCAACAACAACACUUCCAGCGGUAGUUCCCUCAUUGUCGAUGAUUUGUGAGAAAAAAUCGGAUGGAUUCCAUGCAUGGGAAAGCAGUUGCUCACAGUUUCUUCUUUGCCUCAAAGGCUCCGGUUACGUCAUGUCGUGCCCGUCUGCGAUGCAUUUUUCCCGUUCGCGGGGAUAUUGUGUGCAGAUCGCUGACUCGGACUGUGCACCACCGACAACCGUCACGUCCACCUUAACUACAACAACAACAACAAAAACACAAGAAUUGGAGAUGUUCAAAUGCAAUUCGGACGGUUUCUACGCUGACCUGAAAAAUUGCCAAAAAUUCAUAAGAUGUGUGAAUGGAAUCUCGUAUAAUUUUGAUUGCCCUAGUGGUUUAUCAUUCCAUUCCGAUUCGCUGAUGUGUGAUCAUCCAGAUCCGUCAAAAUGUGCUGGAUUUAAUUAA